CUCUCUCUCUCGCGUUCAUAAGCAACAGUAACAUUUCCCUUGGUUUUUUGAAGAGAAAACCCACCCCCCAAGCCCCGUCUCUCGCCGAAUCACAAAACUCGGCCUUUAAUGGCGUCCAAGUUCGGCCUAGCUGGUGGCAUCCCGGAGCGCCGCGUCCGCCCUAUUUGGGACGCCAUCGAUUCUCGCCAGUUCAAGAACGCUCUCAAACUCGUCACCUCUCUCCUCGCCAAGAACCCUAAAUCUCCUUAUGCUCUGGCACUUAAAGCUCUAAUUCUGGAAAGAAUGGGGAAAGCUGAAGAAGCAUUAUCCGUUUGCUUAAAUGCCAAAGAGCUUUUGUAUCACAACGACUCUGUAUUAAUGGAUGACCUUACUCUCAGUACCCUGCAGAUUGUUUUCCAACGACUUGAUCACUUGGAUCUGGCUACUAGCUGUUAUGAAUACGCGUGCGGGAAGUUUCCGAACAAUUUGGAGUUGAUGAUGGGUCUUUUUAACUGCUACGUUCGGGAGUACUCGUUCGUCAAGCAACAACAGACAGCUAUCAAGAUGUACAAACAUGCUGCGGAAGAGAGGUCUUUGCUGUGGGCAGUUUGUAGUAUCCAGUUACAGGUGCUUUGUGGAAAUGGGGGAGAGAAGCUCUUACUUUUAGCUGAAGGCUUACUUAAGAAGCAUGUAGCCUCCCAUAGUUUGCAUGAGCCUGAAGCUCUUAUGGUCUAUAUUUCCAUAUUGGAGCAACAAGCAAAGUAUGGCGACGCUUUGGAAUUUCUCUCUGGGAAGUUAGGAUCGCUGCUAGUGAUUGAAGUUGACAAGCUACGAAUGCAGGGGAGGCUUCUUGCUCGGGCAGGUGAUUACAGUGCAGCUGCCAAUAUAUUUCAGAAAAUCUUAGAACUAAGCUCUGAUGAUUGGGAGUGUUUCGUAGAUUAUCUUGGCUGUUUGCUGGAGGAUGACAGGUACUGGUCUGAUAGGGCCAUGAAUGAUCACAUUAAUCGUUCAAAACCUGUUGAUUACAAGAUUUCACACUUGACGGAUGACGUGUUUGAUUCUCGAAUAUCAAAUGCAUCCGCUUUUGUGCAAAAGCUACAGAAAGAUACUGAUGAGAAUUUUAUAAGGUGUCCGUACUUGGCAAAUAUUGAAAUUGAAAGGAGAAAGCAGUUGCAUGGGAAGGACAAUGAUGAGAAGUUAAUGGAGUUGUUGAUGCAAUAUUUUGUUCGGUUUGGUCACUUGACCUGCUCCACGACAGAUGUUGAAAUGUUUCUUGAUGUCUUAAGCCCUAAGAAGAAGAUAGAAUUCGUCGGCAAGUUAAAUAAAGCUUAUGAGUGUGUUUCUACAGUGCCAACAAAAGUGCUUGGACAGUCGAUUACAUUUUUAAAAGUUCAAGAAUUGAUGGGAAAUAUGUUUGAGCUUCCUAUCACUGAACUUGAGGACCGUGCUGUUAAAAUGGCAGAACUUUAUUGUAAAAACCUUCCACUUUCAAAGGAUUUGGAUCCACAAGAGAGCAUGCAUGGUGAAGAGCUGUUAUCAAUGUUGUGCAACGUAUUGGUUCAGUUAUUCUGGCGCACUAGGCAUCUUGGCUAUCUUACAGAGGCAAUUAUGGUCCUCGAGUUUGGCUUGAACAUUCGAAGACAUGUAUCACAGUACAAGAUCUUAUUGCUGCAUUUGUAUUCUCACUGGGGCGCCCUUUCAUUAGCACAUCAAUGGUUUAAAUCGCUGGAUGUCAAAAACAUCCUGACGGAAACUAUUUCGCACCACAUUUUACCUCAGAUGUUGGUUUCUCCACUUUGGGUGGACUUAAAUAAUCUGCUGCAGGAUUACCUUAAGUUUAUGGAUGACCACUUCAGGGAAUCUGCAGAUCUGACAUUUCUUGCUUAUCGCCAUAGAAAUUACUCAAAGGUGAUUGAAUUUGUUCAGUUUAAAGAACGGCUUCAACACUCUUAUCAGUACUUAGUUGCAAGGGUUGAAGCACCCAUUCUGCAGCUAAAGCAGAAUGCGGAUAAGAUCGAAGAAGAAGAGGCUGUCCUUGGGAGCUUGAAAUGCGGGAUUCACUUCCUUGAACUCUCUAAUGAGAUUGGGUCCAAAUCUUUGACGUUCAAUGAAGAUAUGCAGUCACGGCCGUGGUGGACCCCAAGUUCGGAAAGAAAUUAUCUUUUAGGCCCUUUUGAAGGAGUUUCCUAUUGUCCUAGAGAAGAUUUGACCAGGGAAAGGGAAGCAAGUGUACGAAGAGCUGUUGAGAGGAAAUCACUUCUUCCUAGGAUGAUUUAUCUGUCUAUUCAGAGUGCAUCUGCAUCGGUCAAGGAGAAUUUUGAGGCCAAUGGUUCAAUUUCUGACCCAAAUAUUUCCUCAGAACUGAAGGUUUUGCUCGAGCGUUAUGCAAAAAUGUUGGGAUUUUCUUUUAGCGAGGCAAUAGAAGUUGUUUCGAGUGUUUCUGGUGGCCUAAAGUCUUCUGAGGUAUUUGGUUCGGACUUGAUUGAUUGGUUGAACUUUGCUGUGUUUUUGAACUCAUGGAACUUGAGUUCCCAUGAACUUGGUCGUGCAGAUGGAGAUGGACGUCAGCCUCAAACUUGGCAAAUUAUAAAUUCUUUGCUGGAGAAGUAUAUUAUGGAACAGAUGAACUUGAUAGAGCCUUCCAUUAGCUCUCCUUGGAAUAGCUUUCCAAUUCUGGUGCAGCUGGUUACUGAACCAUUUGCUUGGCAUGGUCUUGUGAUUCAAGCCUGUGUCCGUGCGUCUCUUCCAUCUGGAAAAAAGAAGAAGAAAACUGGACCUUCAGACCUGUCUGCUCUUUCUCAGACCCGUGAUUCGGUCCUGUCUUUAUGUAGUACAUUAGAAAAUCUUGUGAAGUGGUUUAAAGAGAUCAUUAACAGACCAGAGGAUGAGAAAUUAGACUCUUUUCUCUCCUCUUUCCAGAAGGAAGAGGAGCGCCAUGGACAGGUGUUCCAGAUUCUAGAAACUCUAGCUUCAUCCGUGGAUGACAUUGACCUCGGUGAGCAGAUCUCCCAAGCGUUGAAGUCGUGGAGUCAUGUUGAUGUUGUGAGGAAAAUAGUAACAGGGAAAUGUAGGGUAAUUGCCGAAUUUCUUCAAAUUUGCGAGUCAAAAUUGAAGAUGUUGCAGGCAUUAAAACAGCAAAUAGCUCAAUUCUAAAAUGUCAUUACCUUUGCCAAAUAUGAUUCUCGUCUCCGGGCCUGUCCAGUUCGUGCUUUUGUUUGCUUCCAACUGUUGUUGCUUUCACCUAUCGAUGGUUCAAUUGAUUCAGCUGGGAAGAUGAUGAGAUCUCUGUGUUUUGGUUUAUGCUUUAUUGACACCUCCCUCUAUUAUUAAACUACUUUCCUUGCCAGCAGCCUGCUGUAUGUCUUGGCCUCCAUGGUUGACCGCUGGUUGGUGAAUCGACAAAAUUUCGGUAGGGGUUGUUUUGUUUAUUUUUCUGACCUCGUGUGAUCUUUUGCCUGACAAUGUACAUUGAGAAACGGCAAUUCUUUUUCAUUUUCUUUCUGCCCUUUUGCGGAGUAUAAUUUUGAUUUCAUACAGGCUUGAAGCGUUGUACUGCUGAGCACCAAUUUUGGCAA